AUGCACCGCAGUUUUCAGGAUGUACAAGGGGGAAAUGAACCUCGGCUUGUUGCUGCUGCAACCGCGCAAAUGAAUACUUUGCCAUUUUACCACUCCUGGAAUCGCACUACAAAGCCUUCUUUGAUUUCACAUUUUGACAGAUAUCAUGGUUCAACUCUUAUAGCAGCUAGUCUAUCUGGCCUUCCAGCUGUUCAUCAAGCAUUUGAUCUUCCAGCUCCAUUUGUGCUGCACAUUGACUGCCCUCACCACUGGCGUUUUCAUCUUCCAGGUGAGACUGAGGAGGAGUUCUCAACCAGAUCUGCCAAUAAUCUCGAGAAUCUUAUCCUCAAAGAGGGACCAGAGACGAUAGCUGCAUUUAUUGCUGAACCUGUCAUGGGAGCAGAAGGAGUGAUACUUCCCCCUAAGACUUGUUUCGAAAAGGUAUAUUGCUCUUUCACAUUGAACUCUAGCCAGAAACUUCCAUGAAUGUAAUAUAUGCAUCUCAUACUUGCUGGUUGGCUGGCUAACGUAGUUUUGAUGGAUGCAAGCUUUAGCUGCCCAGCAGAAGAAAAAGUUAAAACUGUGUAGCAAAAAAUGCUUUUCAAAACAGCAUAAUGUUUUUGGUUAGUUCUAUAUAAAUGAUUUAUCAAUGGUUAGAAAAGUGCACCAGCUAAAGUUUUGUGAUUUAUUUUCAAAUUUUGAAGCAGGCUAUUUGUUUUUUAACAUAUGUACAUCAUAAUAUUUUGCAACGUCAAAGAAAUUUAACA